GGGACUCUUAACCGUGGAAUUGCUAUAAGUGAUGCCAACCUCCAACUCACAAAUAGAUUCAACCAAUUCCUCAAGAUCUAUCUUCAUUUCUUCUACAACUUUUUUAAAAUAUUCGCAAUUUUAAUUCACCGACAAGGGAAGGUAAAAUAAAAGUGACAUGGAAAACUACUACAUAUUAUUAUGCAUGUAAAUCAUGAAAAUCUUUAUUUUGUUUGGAGGAUUGCCGAAAGAUUGGUCAAGUGCAGUGUCCCAUUUACAUCGAAAUUUCAGGUAUCAAAUUUAGCAACACAAAAAAUGCAGAGACGUCGUCCAUUAUACACUUGUAUCGCUUCAAUCUUUGAAAUAAUCCACAUUGCCUGCAGAAAAAUAGAGGAUUUUAAUGGACCUAUUGGAUCAUUAAUAAAUAAAAUAGCUGUACGUAUGAAGCAUAUAAUGCCAAUUUUAUACGCCAUGGAGUUUCAAUGGUUAUCAGUCCUCUCUUUCGUAGACAAUUGUGCACUUACUUCAGAAAUUGUGAUAGAAAAGUUGUUUCCACCGUCGUCCAGAUUGUUUGAUAAGAUCGAUGAGCUAGCUUGCGUAGCAGAAUGCCUACCAGGAAAAUUUCAUGAUACCAUAGAAAAGCUGCCUAUGAUUAUUCAUCAAGUUCCAUUUCUUGAUUGGGCACUGGCUCAACUUAUUGCUAGGUUGAAUUUCUGGAUUUCGUGUUUGACUAGUUGGGGGUCAAAGAAUGCUAGAGAAAAAGAGAUAACGAUUGAUAUGUAUCACAGUGAUCAAGAUCUCGAAGAAGAAUCAACAGUAAAAGACGUCAAGCAUUUCAGCCAAUUUCCUAACUUUGAUGCGUCACAAGAACAAUUCAUGGAAAAUGAAAAAUCAGAAUGUGGGGUGGGUGAGAAAAAGGUUCUUCGAUCAGAAAUUCAACCCAUUGAAGAAGCAAUAAGCCCUGCAUGCUCAUCAACUUGUGAUCCAUUCGAGGAUGCGGUUUCAUCUCCAUUAUUUGAUUCCCAUGAAGAUGUAAUUAUCAAACCAAUUGAAACUGAAGCGACUUAUAAUGUCAAUCUUUGCAAGUAUAGCUACAAGGAGAUGCUAGAGAAAAUGUCUGGGGAAAAGAAAGAGGAGAAUUUGAGCAUAGUUUAGUAAAUGAAAAUGUAAUAACAUGAAAGUAGCAGCAUCGAGCAGUAAAGGGGACAGAUGGAAGAUCCGAAAUUGCAUCUUUCUAUCACAAAGCUGGCACAUGCAUGAAAUGAAUGAAUAUUGCAGAGACAAUCUCAUUUCGGUUUCAGUUGCAUAGACAUGCAUAAUGAAGAAGAAAUAUAUUGUAAGCCAAGUCAAUUUUGAAGUAGAAAAGGCUUGUUCACUUGAGUGAUUAUGAUAAAGGUAGUCGUCUAGUUAAUAAUUCUCACUUGCAUCAUCAAGUUAGGAUUAAAAGUUUCCUCUUUAGUAAAGAAGAUAGAAGUAAAGAUGGGUGAUUCUAUUCUUUCUUUAAAUUAGACAAUAUCUUUGAAUGCGAGGAAUAUAGUUUCUGUCAGGUUCUUACAUUCCAUCCAAAAAAAGUGGAGACCAUUAA